CCUCUGCUGCUCUCUAGCGGGGAGAUGAAAAACUACAUCUCCUCCCAUAAUGCACCUCCCCUCUAUAUACCCACAAUCCCCCGCGGCAAGCUCUCUGCACCAGUCAAGAUGGCGGACAGACCAGUUGCAGUAGCUGAGAAGCGUCUGAUGGACGUGAAGCUGGGCGAGCUGGGAUCCUGGCUCGGAGGUCGAGACUUCACUCCUAACGGCAUCAUCUCCUCCAUCCGCAGAGGUCACGACAGAUACUACAACAAGUACAUCAACGUGAAGAAGGGAGGCAUCGGGGGCGUGGCCAUGCUCGUGGUCGGCUACGUGGCUAUCAGCUACCUGUGGGAGUACGACCACAUCAAACACGACCGCUGGAGGAAGUACCACUGAGCCUCAGCAGACCUUCAGGGGCGGAGUCUGUCUGCGCCCCUCUUUGUGUUCAGAUGUGACUGUGACCAAUAAACUACACCCAGAUUUAUUGAUGA